UGAAGAUAACAUACAGCCUGAAAAAUCGACCAAGCGGAGCUCGAAAUAUCAAAGACUGCCACUGUAACUGAUUCAUCCCAAGUGAAAGCAUCCCGCAGCCAGCAAGAUGUUCCCGAUCGAUCAAUUCCACAAGCCGAUGCUCAAGUGACUCGAGGAAAUCCCGAAGACUUUCAAUCAAACAAAGUCUCAUCACAACCCCCAGGGCAAGUUCCAAGUGAAAGCCCACCUUCAGGCCCAGCUCAAGGACCGAGUCAAAUCCCCACCUCCGCCGUCGACGAAGACGCACUGACUUCACCGCCCUCUUCGCCCUACACCACGGAGCGCCAAAGACUCCGCGACCUCACCAUGCCCACAAACCCCUCGUUCCUUAUCCCGGACGCCCCUCCGCCACCAGCCUCAAACAGCGAAGAAGCCCUGACUCUCUCCCAAACGACCAAAAAAUUCGAACGUUUCCUCACUCUUAAAAAGCAAAACAUCCAUUUCAACGAGCGUCUCGCCAAACACCCAGCUCUGGAGAACCCCGGCUUUCUCACCAAUCUGAUGAAUGUAGCGGGCAUCACCCUGGAGCAGAGCUAUGCUAGUUCGCUGGCACCCGAGUCGGCGGUGAGGACCAAUUGGCCGGAGAGUUGCUUUGUGGAGAAAUUGGUGUGGCAGAAUGAGCGGAGGGAGAAGAAGAGGUUGGGGGAGAGAGGGAAGGUGGAUUUCGUUCCUUCGUCGUCGAGGGAGCUUUGAGGACGUCUUUGUAACUACGUACGAUAUCGACGAAUUCUGCGUUUGCUAUUGAAUUCGCCUUACGGGAAUUGAGUCUCGGUCCGUCUGAGACGAUAUGCCCUGGAUGAAGAGCAUAGUUUGAUGACAGGUGUGAAAACGCAGCAUGUCGAUUUCAACAUUUCGGGACUCA